CCCAAGCUUCAAAUUUCAGCAGAAUUAGCACAGCCAAAAGCCUCCUAUGCCCCUCCAAAACUCUUCCCAUUCAAGAAAAAGAUAUCAAAAGAGAUGCGUAAUCCAGUUAUUAAUAAACUAACCUCACAUUUUACUGACUCACCAAA